AUGAUCAGGAGAUGCGUGGCAGAAGGUGAAGUACAUGAGAUUUUAUAUCAUUGCCACAUAACUCCAAGUGGGGGACACUUUGGAGAAACAUGUGUUCACAAGGUUUGGAACUAUGGGUCCCAUUUUAUGAACAAAUGGUUGAAAUGGUUACUCGAUAAACAUGGAGUGAAGCAUAAGGUUGCCACAGCUUACCAUCCGCAGACAAAUGGGCAAGCUAAACUGGCAAACAAAGAGAUAAAAGGCAUACUCAAGAAGGUAGAUUGUCCAAACCGACGAGACUGGUCCAAAAAAUUUGACGAUGCUUUAUGGGCAUAUAGAGCAGCAUACAAAACACCUUUAGCGAUGUCACCCUAUAGAUUGGUUUUUGGGAAAGCCUGUCAUUUGCCCUUGGAAUUAGAACAUAAAUUUUAUUGGGCUCUCCAACAACUAAACUUGGAUCUUAAGCUUGCUAAAGAGAAACAGAUGUUUCAACUCAAUGAGUUGGAAGAGUUCCGAAUGUUCUCAUACAAGAAUGCCAAACUAUUCAAGGAAAAACUUAAAAGAUGGCAUGACAAGCACAUUUGA